AUAUUCCCGUUAUCUAAAUAGAAUUCGAAAUAAAUUAUAAAUACUGGACAACGUUAAUUAUAAAUGUUCGGACUUGCGAAAAUACGUGUCUAUGAUAGUGCAAUUCAUUGUUUCAUCGCGUUCAGCAAUAUCGAAUUAUAGCUGCAUUAAAAAUGAAGCAUUUUUUGAUUAGCAUAUUAAUUCUAUCAAUGGCAAUUAUGAGCUUCGGCGUUAAAUUAAAUCUCUUGUACGCAUGGAAGUACAUUGAUUUUCUCUGGGAAAGUCCACAGCAGAGGCAAAAAGCGAUAGAUUUCGGCGAAUAUAAUCCCGGUUCGAUUGUUUUAGAGGAUGUAGACGAGGCACCAGAUGGUAGAAUAUUCAUUACUGCGGUAAAAGAUAAAGACGUUCCGGCUACUGUCAUGACGGUAAGUAACGAAAAAGAAGAAAGAAGUCCGCUUCUGCGUCCGUAUCCGAAUUGGUCUUGGCAUACGAAUAAAAGUUGCAAAGGUAUUACAGCAGUUUAUCGAAUCUGUAUUAAAUGCAACCACAUCUUCGUUGUGGAUAGUGGCAGGAUUGGAAACGAUAAUGUUUGUCCUCCGCAAUUACUGAUUUUCGAUUUAUCGAAUGAUAAGCUGGUUAAGCGUAUUAACAUCCCUCUUAACGUCGCUAAUAGCAAAAACGGCACCAACGGAUUGUUAACGACACCCAUUGUUGUCGCUCCUUAUUGUGAAAAUAUAAAGGAUACCGCAAUUGUGUUCAUAACUGACACGGCGGGAUACGGUUUAGUGGUGUACAACUCAAAUACUUCGAAAUUCUGCAGAAUCGAAACUGAAUUUAUGAAACCGAAUAGGAAAACUUUCACUAUAGAAAAUAUAUCUUUUAAUUUAACAGACGGUAUCCAUCAUUUGGCGAUCGUUCAUAAAGAUUUAUAUUACAGUGCUCUUGCGGCGGACAAGUUGUACAAAAUAGAAAUUUCGAAGCUAAUAGACUGUUCGUUAAGCGACAGCGAGGCCAACGAGGUAACACAACUGGCGGGUACAUUAUCAGGCCAGACAGGGCCGAUAAUAUUCGAGGAAUGUGCAAUACUUUUCAGCAAUUUCCCAGAAACGUCCAUAAUGUGUGCGGAUGCCACCAAGAAAAUUGGUCCCGAUAAUAUGGAGGUCAUCGUGCAAAAUUCCGAAGAAUUACAAUGUAUAAUUGGAAUGAAAAUGAUAGAUAGAUCGCAUUCUAAAAGCAUGAAAAUCUUGACGAACAGAUGCCAACAUUCAAUAAUCGGUGCAAUGAAUAUAAACGAGACAAACUUCCGCAUUCUUUCGAUGGACAUAGCGGAAAUACGGAAGGCGACAAAUUGUUUCGCUUCUUGUAAUUAACACAAGUUAUCUAUAUAUUUAUAAAUUUAUAUGUUAUUGCCAUAUAUUAAUUAUUUAUAAUGUUUCGUGAAGUUGUGCACAUAUUAUACAUGCGUGUAGUUCUAUGUACAAUUCUAUUCUACAUUCUAUUCUAUUUCAAUUUGCAACAUAGGAAAAUUUUCAUUUCCAAAUUCUGAUAUCAAGCUAAUACAGCGAUUUUUCACGUUAUCCUCUUUUGUAAAAUGGAAGUGUUUGAUGGUUAUAAAUUAUUUAAUUGUGGAAUUUACGCGCAACUGUUAAUUUUUCAUGAUACUUAAUUGAAGGAUAUUUAUAAUAAAUAAAAAUAAAUUUUAUAUUGUAGUUUAAAUGUUUCGGUCAUCUAGAUGUAAAAUGAUUGCAGUAUAACAUAUAUACUGUAUCGUACGUUGAGUAAUUUGAAUCGAGUCCACGGGAAAAAACACAGAAAACAUUAAUCAAAAUCAUUGAUCAAAAUUUUUUUUUCACUCACCAACCGAUGCGCAACAGCGGAGUUAAUCGGCCUGCACGUAGCUACGACGAUUCUGUAUAACACACGGAUGGAAGAUUCAAAUUAAAGAAACGCUAAAAAUAGCGAAUACUUCAAAAGAUUCUUACGCAAAAUUUGUAUGUUUUAAUUAU